AUGUCCCUUCCACUGUCGUCCACAAAAGGUGCCCACGGACAUUUGCUGGGCUCUUCGGGCAAUUUAGAAGCAGUUUUCGUUGUUCAAGCAUGUGCCGAAAACCAACUUCCGCCAUCUAUUAAUAUUGAACACUUGGAUGAGAGCAUUAGUGUGCCAAUAGUACAGAACAAAUCAGAGAAGUGGCAUCAAGAUACGAAAGCGCGAAGGAUUGCAUUGAAAAAUUCGUUUGGAUUUGGUGGCACAAACGCUUCAAUUUGCAUAGCUGAUUAUCGAGAUUAAACUGGGUUGGUAGAUUGUUGCAAUUUUUCUUUUAUGUAAUACAUAUAUUUAGUUAUGAGCAGAGUUGUGAAAAAUGCAUUAAUUUUUUAAUGUAUUAAAGGUAUUUAAAGCA